AUGUCUUCCGUUGCUGUCAAGGCCCUUGUAGCCGUUGUGGCUGGCGCGACUUCUGUUGCUGCUCACGGGCACGUCACCGGUAUCAACGUGGCUGGCACCUGGUACGAGGGCUAUGACCCAACCUCGUUCCCUUACAUGUCCGACCCUCCGACUGUUGUGGGCUGGACUGCAUCCGACACCGACAAUGGAUACGUAGCCCCCGACGCCUACGCAUCAGGAGAUAUCAUCUGCCACAAGUCUGCCACCAACGCCAAGGGUUACGCAACCGCCAAGGCUGGCGACACCAUCGAGGUGUACUGGAACACCUGGCCUUCCUCCCACAAGGGCCCGGUUAUCGAUUACCUCGCCAAGUGUGCGGACGACGACUGCGUGACAGCAGACAAGACAGCCCUGGAGUUCUUCAAGAUCGACGCAGUCGGCCUGGUCGACGCUUCGGCAUCCACCUGGGGCACGGAUCAACUGAUCUCAAACAACAACUCGUGGAUCGUCCAGAUCCCAUCCACCCUUGCGGCUGGCAACUACGUCCUGCGCCACGAGAUCAUUGCUCUGCACUCGGCCGAGAAUUCCGACGGUGCCCAGAACUACCCCCAGUGCUUCAACCUCGCCGUCACCGGCACCGGCUCCCUUCAGCCCUCUGGGACACUGGGCGAGGCGCUCUACAAGGAGAGCGAUGCUGGCAUCUUGGUCAACAUCUACAACUCCCUCUCGACCUAUGACAUCCCUGGCCCCACGCAGAUUGCUGCCGGUACCAACUUGGCCCAGUCCGCUGUCCCCAUCACCGCUAGCGCGAGCGCUGUCACUGACCCCGCUGGUGCUACUGGAGCUGCUGCGGCAACCUCAUCAGCUGCUCAGACCACGGCGACUGGUCAGGCCGGUGCUUCCGGUGCUGCGUCUCAGGCGCCUUCCGCCCCGGUCGCAACCGGCUCAGCUGCCGCCGUUCAGACAAGCUCGGCCGCUCCUGCCGCCACGUCUGCCGCCAAGUCCUGCAAGAAGCGCCGUCACGCCCGCGACGUCUCCAAGCACUGA